AUGUCCGACCCCAAGGUUACGGCGAAGUUGUUCCUUUCAGUGAUCACUCAUAAUAAGAACAAGGCAGAUGUCGACUGGUCCAAAGUUGCCGCCGAUAUGGGUCUCGGAAGCGAAGGCUCUGCUCGUGUUAGAUACCACCAGAUUAAGAAGCGAUUUCUUGCCGCCGCAGAGAACUCGACCGCCGAGAAGACCGAUGCGAACAAGGAUGGCAAAGUUGGUAGUGGCACAAAUGUGACCCCAAGCAAGAUCAUGAAGUCGACCCCUACGAAGCGCAAGAAGCCAGUUCAGGAUGCCGAUAUGAUGGGUAAUCAUGAAACUCAUGUAUCAUCGGACAAAUCCUCGAACACCUUCAUGAGCAACCCCAAGGGAAGUGAUGGAUUGCUGGAUGGAUUCGCAUCUUCCAAUGCGACGUACUUCGAUCCUCCAUUGGAAGAUCAGGAGGACGCCAACAACCAUCGUCAUGACGCUCAGGAGUUCAUCUAA